AUGGAGAUCAAAUAUACACCGAACAUAGAAGAAGAAGAAGAAGAAGUGGCUACGAAGUUUAAUAGUGAAAUAAGAAGGAAGAAGGAGCAAGUCACUCCAAAGCACAAGGAGCUCAGGAUCACGAUGGAUGAUACGGUGAAUGUAAAUGAUGACGAUGAAGCACGCCGAAAUGAAAUGAGAACAAUGAUUGUGGAAGAAGUCGAGAAAGCGAUUGAAGCUAGUAAUUCCCGACUAGCUCAAGAGGUGGAAGGUCAAGAAUUCAUGGCAUGUAACCCCUUGCCGUACAAAGGGGAAAUUGACCCGAUAGCUUUUCAAAGAUGGAUUUCAAGCACCGAGGCAGUGUUUGUAAGAAGUAGAUGUGAAGUGGAGGAUCAAGUGAUGUUUGCUACGGGCCUCCUACAACUCCAAGCAAAGGAUUGGUGGGACGCACAUUCGAAGGAGUUGGGGGAUGACAAUGUACAAACGUUAUCAUGGCAAGAGUUCAAGGAGCCAUUUCUGAAAUAUCAUAGCCCACAAUUCGCACUUGAUAAGAUUGAAGAAGACUUCUUACGUCUUCGACAAAAGGAUGAAACGAUUGAUGAAAUAACGAAUAAGCUCCUCGAGAAGGUAAAAUUUUGUGGGGAGAUAGCGGGGACUGAGAGAUUGAAAAUCAUACGUUAUCAUGCUAUGUUAAAGGCUAAAUAUCGGGAGUUCGUAAAUCCCUCCAAGUGUGCAACAUUGAAUGAAUUACUCGACUGGGCAAGAGAUAGGGAAAUCGAGUUAAGAAGGCAGGUUCAACGGGGAGAGAAAAGGGUGGCGGAGAAGCCUACCAACACAAACCCAUCGAAAAAGGCAAAAUAUCAAGAUCAAAACAGGAAAGGGAAGACAAGUAGUGGGAUUCCGACUUGCAAGACGUGCAGGAAACACCACUUGGGCGAAUGUUUGCUUGGAAAGAAAGGGUGCUACAAGUGUGGACAAAAGGGAUAUCCGUACUACAGAUGUCCAGACAAUCAGAAAACAUGUUACAAUUGUCAUCAAGCGGGGCACAUGAAAUCUGAAUGUCUAAAGCUCCAACAAACGCCUAGGAAAGAAGGAAAGAAAGAGGAGUCGUCAAGGGCUCGUGGAAGGGUGUUCCAGAUAACGUCUGAAGAAGCAAAGUCUCACCCGGAAGUAGUUUCAGCUAUAUUCUUAGUAAAUUCAAUACCUGUAAAUGUUUUAUUUGAUUCCGGGGCUAGUAGGUCAUUUGUUUUGAAUGAACUUUUAUGUCAUCCUUCCUUUAAGCAUGAAAAGAUGUUAGUACCUUUAGAAGUUGAAGUAGCGGAUAGCAAAAGUUACCUAUUGCAUGAUGUAUGUAGAAACUGUAAGAUCUUGAUUGAAGAUGAGGAAUUUAGCAUAGACCUUGUUCCAAUGUGUAUGGGGGAAUUUAAAGUAGUUGUGGGAAUGGAUUGGCUGGCCCAAAAUUAUGCUGAAAUACAAUGUGAAAAGAAAGUUAUUCAAGUAGUAACCACGGAGGGAAAGCGGGAUUUAUCCGGUGGUGAAAGAUUUAAAGACGUUCAAAGAAGAGGAGACAUCGGAUGA